AUGGGAGCCGAUAUCAAUGCCAAACCAGGGUUCCGUGGCUGGAUCACCAUGUUGCAAGCGGCAUCGUUUUCUGGUAAUUUGGUCAGUCUCAAGGUAAUCCUGGACAAGCAGGGAGAUGUGCAUGCGCCAGCCGGGCCGGAGGAUGGACUCACAGCCCUCCAUGCUGCGAUUCAGAAUAAAGACCUCGAAGCAUUUCGUCUAUUAGUCCAGGCAGGUGCAGACGUGAACGAGCGACCUUCAAAGCCCUUGUCGUCACCCUACAUGAACAAUUGCUUCCGUGCCGGAAACAAAACAGCCCUCCAGUAUGCAGUGUACUUGGGAUGGCCCGAUGGCGUGCGAUUUCUCGCACAAGAUGGUGCAGAUAUCGACGCCCUGCCACCACACCCCGGAGAUACCACAUAUACUGCCUUGGGUCAUGCGAUUGAAGAGAGAGGCCACCGAAUGAUUCAGCUAUUACUAACGUUUGUCACUAAUCCCAACCCCGCUGUUAUCCAUGACGAUGUGUCAUCAUCUGCCUUCACGUUCGCCCUUGAAAAUACAUGCUCACUUGAUAUUAUCGAUCUGCAAUUGACGUAUGGCCCCGGCUUCAACAAUCUCAUAGGAAAGGAAUCGGCGCUCGAGACGGCGGUAGAAGUCGGCCAAGCGGGCGUUGUCAAGAGAACAAUGACAUUGAUGUCACAGUAUUGCCCUGAGCAACACUCCCGAUCACUCAAAACAAUAAUGUCUCAUCUUAUGAUGGACAAUGACUGGGCUCCCGACUUCGAAAUGGUCCGACUAUUAAUCCACGCCGGGGCGGACAUCAAUGCUGCUUACAUUGACGACGACAACCCGUUAUACCAUGGAACACUACUCCAACGUUCAGUCAGGCGGAACGCCAUUGCACUAGCCAUCCUGAGCGAAAAAGUGGAUAUCGCAAAUUUAAUAAUCGACCAUGGAGCUGACGUGAAUGCCCACCCAGGAAAGCAUCGCGGAGCCACGGCAUCGCAAGCCGCCGCUAUGCACGGAUACUGUGGCCUUGCCAUGCGAUUGUUAGCCAAGGGGGCGGAUGAGGCGGCCCCAGCAGCGCCUAUUGAUGGCAGAUUGGCCAUUGAUAGAGCAGCGGAACAUGACUAUCUCGAUAUGGUUCAGUUACUUUUGAAUGCGUAUGGAGAUCGACCGAACUUGUCAUUUGUGUGUCGUAGAGCUGCCACAGCCGCAGAACGAGAGGGUCAUUUCGAUGUGAUGAGAUGGUUGCUAGGUUAUAUACACUCAUAG